AUGGUGCCCUCUCCAGCGCUGCUGGUGCUCAGCUUCCUGUUAACCCUGGCCUUGUGUCAGGCGUCCCACUUUCAAGAACACGGCUUUCUGCAGUUUCUGGGUUUAGAGAAGGUGCCUUCACCAGACAGGUUCUUACCCGUGCCUCGCAUCUUAAGAACAAUCUUCCAGGAUCGCGAAGCAGCCGCCGCCGGCGGGAUCCCCCAGGAUUUAUGCUACGUGAAGGAGCUGCGCGUCCGUGGGAACCUGCUGCGGCUUCUCCCAGACCAAGGUUUCUUUCUUAACUCACAGAAAUCUUCCCAAGAUGACUCCUGUCUGCAGAAGUUCCUGUACUUUAACUUGUCUGAUAUCAAAGUAAAGGAACAGUUAACAAUGGCUCAACUGGGUCUAGAGCUGGGGCCCAGUUCCUACUAUAACCUGGGACCAGAACUGAUAGUGACUCUGUCUGUGGUUGAGCCUGGUGGGUGGGAGGGAUCUGACCCCAAGCCAGGCAGAAUGCUUGCAUUGCACUCUGUCCCCUGGCCUCAAGGUGCCCUUCACUUCAACCUGCAGGAUGUGGGAAAGGACUGGAACAGCAGCCGCCCGAAGAAUUUAGGGUUCUACUUAGAGAUUCUGGCCAAAGAUGACAGCAGAUACUCUGGGGUAAAGUUCCAGCUGGAGGAUGCCUGUGCCAGGCUGAGACAUUCCCUUCGUGCCUCUCUGCUGGUGGUGACCCUCAAUCCUGAGCAGUGCCACCCUUCUCGAAGAAGGAGGGCAGCCAUCUCUGUCUCCCAGGCCUCUUGUAAGAAUCUCUGCCAUCGUCACCAGCUGUUCAUCGACUUCCGGGACCUUGGUUGGCAUAAGUGGAUCAUUGCUCCCAAGGGUUUCAUGGCAAACUACUGUCAUGGAGACUGCCCUUCUUCACUGACCAUGUACUUGAACAGCUCCAAUUAUGCUUUCCUGCAGACUCUGAUGCACACAGUGGACCCUGCGGUCCCCCAGGCUGUGUGCGUCCCCACCAAGCUGUCUCCUAUAUCCAUGCUGUAUCAGGACAAUAACGACAACAUCAUCCUUCGCCAUUAUGAGGACAUGAUAGUUGAUGAAUGUGGGUGUGGAUAG